AUGAUGAAGGGGACGUCAUCCUUUGGAAAGCAUUGCAAUAAGACACACACAUUGUGCCACCGCUAUAGCUCUAAGGCCUACCACCUGCAGAAGUUAACCUGUGGCAAAUGUGGCUAUCUUGCCAGAUGGAAGAGAAAGUAUAACUGGAGUGCCAAGGUUAAAAGAUGGAAUACCACUAGGACCAGUCAAAUAAGACCCCUAAAAAUUAUAUACUGCAGAUUCAGGCAUGGGUUCCGUGAAGGAACAACACCUAAACCCAAGAGGGCAGCUAUUGCAGCAUCCAGUUCAUCUGAAAGAUUUCAACGAUUAGUCACAAGAUAAAUGUUCUGGUUU